AUGCCCACCGUUCGCACCGUUAGUGGAUUCAAUAAACGCCUCGAGGCGGCCAAAAAUAAGGUGGUCGUGCUGGACUUUUAUGCGAGGAACAGCAAGCCCUGCCAGGACAUUGACCAGCUGGUGCAAACUCUCGAAUAUAAAUACGCCAGCAAGGCGAUUAUCAUUAAAGUGAACGUCGAUAAAUUUGACGAACUUGUAGAUGAAUACAGGGUGCGCAGCAUGCCAACAUUUGUCUUCCUCAAGUGCAACCACAACGUGGCCAAAAUCAUUGGCGCCGACGAGCACAAACUGACCCGCAUGAUGGCCGAAAUGUGCGAAACUGAAUGA